AUGGAAACCCUUCCCCUAACACCACUUCGUCGAACUAUAACUUAUUUCUUUCUGACAGCCGCAGAUUUCAUCACACCUUACACCACACCACCAUCUAACACCACAAGACUUAAUGUCACCACACGCUGAGGAGCCCACCACAAACGGCGAUAUGAGCAACGACAGCGCCCCCUUGACCAACGGUGAGACUCCGCAGUCGAGAGUUCUUUCGCAUCUGCACUCUUACCCCGUCGUCCACGACUCGGUCGAGUUCUACAAGUCCAACCCCUACGGAGCCAGGUCCCUCACUCUCUUCCACAACACGUACAACUCGUUCGUUGCACCCUUCCACCCCUACCUCAAGACACCGUACUCCUACAUCUCUCCGUACCUGACCCGCGCGGAUGAGCUUGGUGAUUCGUCUCUCUCAAAGCUCGAGAAGCGUGUUCCCAUCGUCAAGGAGGACACCACCAAGCUCAAGGAGCUCGCCUUCUCGCCUCUCACCUACGUCUUCGGCACAUACCAGGAUGAGUACAAGAAGACACAAGGCCCCGAGGGACUUGUCAAGACGGUAAAGGCAGGAAUCAGCACUGAGUUGAAGGUCGCCCACGACGCGUUCAACUUCGCUGUGGAGUACUGGAACAAGGGGAAACAGCAAGCCGCUAAGAAGGCUGACGAGGUCAAGCAGUAGGAUGGCGAGGAAGUCGUCGAGCUAUACAGCUGCUCCUGCAAGAUCUGCAGGGUCGCGAGAGCUAGGGUCGAUUUUGUAGCAGAGCUGAGGGUGCAUGUAUACGAUAGGGAUGCUCCACCAUCACCGAUCACGAGUGCGCCUCAGAUUGCCAGGGCAGCCUGAUGUGGGAGGAGGUGGAUCAUUGAAGUUGUUAGAUACCUUUCGUUAUUCUUUUCAGUGUAGUUGAGUUCGAAGUACAUCCAUUCUCGAGCAGGUUUAGAUGGUAUAAUGAUGACGACAGCUUGUUUCUGCUA